GCGUUUGGCCCGGCUCAGCCACCGUGACAAGGCCUUUGCGCAUGUGCAGGGCCAACUGGGAGAAGGUGAAGAUGGCGGUGGCCAGAGCGCGGGUCCUGGGAGUCCGAUGGCUGCAAAGGGCAACCCGGACCGUGGUGCCGUUGGGUGCACGGACAGCUUCGCAUAUUACGAAGGACAUGCUCCCGGGUCCCUAUCCCAAAACCCCGGAAGAACGGGCCGCCGCCGCCAAGAAAUACAAUAUGCGGGUAGAAGACUACCAGCCGUACCCGGAUGAUGGCAUGGGGUAUGGCGACUACCCGAAGCUCCCUGAUCGCUCACAGCAGGAGAGGGAUCCUUGGUAUAACUGGGACCAUCCAGACCUGAGGUUGAACUGGGGUGAACCGAUGCACUGGGACAUUGACAUGUAUAUCAGGAACCGUGUGGACACAUCCCCCACGCCUGUUUCCUGGAAUCUCAUGUGUAAGCAUCUCUUCGGCUUCGUGGCCUUCAUGCUGUUCAUGUUUUGGGUUGGGGAGACUUACCCCACCUACCAGCCUGUGGGACCAAAGCAGUAUCCUUAUAAUAAUCUGUACCUGGAACGAGGCGGCGAUCCCACCAAAGAGCCUGAGCCUGUGGUUCAUUAUGAGAUCUGAGGUGGCUUCAUCAGCUUUGUGCCCCUGAACUGACUCUCUCAUUUCUAGAGAUUUAACCUUAAUGAAAUCCCUAAUAAAACUUAGUGCUGUGGGGGCGCCUGGGUGGCACAGCGGUUAAGCGUCUGCCUUCGGCUCAGGGCGUGAUCCCGGUGUUAUGGGAUCAAGCCCCACAUCAGGCUCCUCCGCUAGGAGCCUGCUUCUUCCUCUCCCACUCCCCCUGCUUGUGUUCCCGC